AUGCUCUCACUCUUCGUGGAUGAUGGACUGAUAAUUGGGAAAGAUGAAAAGAGAAUAUACAGACUUUUGAAGGAAAUAAGCAAGGAGUUUCAGAUCACUUACAGUGAGAAAGUUCAGGACAAGUUGACGUACUUGGGCAUGGAAAUCAAGGUCGACAAAGAUGGAAUCUUCGUGAAUCAGCCUCGGUACACGGAGAAGAUCUUGAGGAGGAUGAAACUCGAACAGUGCAACCCAGCAUCCACACCAAUUGAGCAAGGAAUGAUCACCAAGAAAACAGAUUUCAAGAACGACGAGGCACUACCGGCGAAGAACAACUAUCGCGAGGCGAUAGGGAGUUUGUUGUACCUCGCUACAAUAUCUUGA